AUGGCGCUCGUGGGGCUCUCGAUUAUAUUGGCAUCUCUAGUCUACUUCGCAGUACGGCGGCCACCAUUGAUCGAAACUCUGGUAGCCUUAUGGCGUGGCAAUCCUCAAAUCGACCAGCCGCCCCGGACCGGGUCUCCUGACAGAAGCCCGCCGUCUCCUUCCGACGCGAACGCGAUAGCCCAGGUCGAUGGAGAGAACAGCUUAGAGACGCCGAGUAUCAACUUGGGCGACCAGCAUGUAGCCUCUACGAAAGCGAACCUGGAUCGCGCUGCGAUGCCUCCGCCGCCGAUACUGGUGAAGCCACUUGCACCACCGAGGAUAUCGCAGAACGAGGAAGAACCUUCACCACAGACAACACCCAAAGCCAGCGCUGUCCUGUCUAACGGUAGCGUCCCUUCGUUCACGCUCAACGACCCUCCCGCUUCGUCUGCCCGCCCGUCAACCAGGGACCUCAACUCUCGCCCCCCGCCCACACAUUCCUCGAAGCCGGCGAAGCCCGGGAGACAGGUUGUGCUAAAACCUGGCCACUCCCCUCUCGACUGGGCGCGCAUCGCCAACAGUCCAACCUCGGAUCUGCGAAACCUGCCCCCUGGGACACCGUACCUGAAAGUAACGCCGUCCAUGCUCAAGCGGCAGACGGGAAGGAAGGGGAAAGAUGCGUGGACGGUUCUGGGCGGAAGAGUAUACAAUAUUACGCCGUAUGCACCAUUCCAUCCAGGAGGGGAGCCAGAGCUGCUUCGGGCAGCUGGCAGGGAUGGCACUAAGCUGUUUGGUGAGAUUCACCCGUGGGUGAAUUACGAAGGGAUGUUGGCGAGCAGUUUGGUGGGGAUGAUGGUUGAGGAACAUGAGGCGGUCGGAGACGGAGACAUGGAUGCCAUGGACUAG